AUGAGGAAUAUACCAGCAAGAUCACAAAGUUUCAAGCAUCGACCGAAACCAAUGGUUGAGGUCCGCCGAAUGGCAGUCGAUGAUGUUGGGCCACACGAACGACGUCGCAGCACGCCGACUGUUUCCAGAAGGCCAUCGCUUCAGAAAUCAAGAAUUAUGGAACCACGUACCGAUGUUUGGCCAGAGGCCAAGAAUAGCGGAUUAGAGGAGAGAUUUUUGAAGUUGCCCGAUUCAGAGGAUUAUACGAGAGUCCGUCAAUUCAAAAUCGACGAGAAGGGAGCCGUCGUGUCACGUGGCGACUCGUUCCGCCGUAAACGCACUCCCACUUACAAAUCCGACAAAUCGCCAUCCCCAUUCCCGGUUUCGGUCUCCACCGACUCGGCACGUGGAUCCAGAAGUGAGAGUGAAGCGAGUGAACCGCCCAUCUCGGAUGAGUUGAACAAGAUGACACUGACGGAUUUGACGAAUGCGUCGACUAGUCACAAGACUUAUAAGAUCUACGUUGUCGGAGACACCGGCACCGGAAAAAGUUCGUUGAUCUCUCAACUGAUCACUUCGGAAUACAAAAACGCGUUUGCCGAUGAGAUUCAAGACUACGAGAAUACCGUAUCAAUUUGUAUCGGUGGAGUGGAGUGUGAUCUCGUGUUCUUCGAGUCGGAUAUGGCUGAUCCGUGCUGGUUGACGAAUGAGGUUCACGCGUUUUUGGUCGUUUACAGUAUCGAUUCGAAGUCGAGUUGGAAACAGGCCAUGUUGGCUUUGGAGAUGAUUCGAGACCGCCCGGGAACCCGUAACCUUCCGAUGCUUGUCGCUGGAAAUAAGAUUGAUUUGGAAAGAAAACGGACUGUCACAAAGCAAGAAGUGCGAGCAGCCAAAGCGGCAAUGGGAUUCGAGCACUUCGAGAUCUCCGUCGCUUUGGACCAUGACGUCGACGAUCUUCUCGUGGGACUCGUCGCCGAGAUUCAGGAGGCGUUUGCUCCAGAAUCCGUCCUUCAGAAGCCGUCGCCACGUCAUCAUCCGAUCGACGACUUCCACAGUGCGAUCAGAAGAUAUUCGCAGAGAAAGAAGAAGGCGCCGUUGAACGAUUUGGAAGGGGGAAAAUGCUCUGUUCUCUCACCUACCGGACUUUUCGCCAAAUUCAAAAAUUGGCGACGUGGCAGCUCUCCGCGAAUAGAGACCAACUGA